AUGGCAACUGACAGCGGCUGGCUCGGCGAAUUGAACCCCUACACUUGGGCCGAUCUCGGCAUUGGUCUCACUAUUGGCCUCUCCGUUGCCGGUGCCGCCUGGGGUAUCUUCAUCACUGGCACCAGCUUGCUGGGUGCUGCCGUCAAGGCUCCCAGGAUCCGAUCGAAGAAUUUGAUCAGUAUCAUUUUCUGCGAGGCCGUUGCCAUCUACGGUAUCAUUAUUGCCAUCAUCUUCCAGGGCAAGCUUGAGGACUUCGGCGAGACUGCCAAGGACCCCGAUUUCCAUGCCGCGUUUGCCCUCUUCUGGGGUGGCAUGACUGUCGGUUUGGCCAAUCUCUUUUGCGGUGUAUGCGUCGGUAUCACGGGCAGUUCUUGCGCCUUGGCCGACGCUCAAAACGCCUCGCUGUUCGUGAAGAUCCUCAUCGUUGAAAUCUUCGGCUCUGCCCUCGGACUGUUUGGCGUCAUCAUCGGCAUCGUCAUGACGUCCAAUGCCAAGUUCGGCUAA